UCAAACUGCGGCGUCUCGAGCUCUCGGGGCUCAGCUCUGGGGCGGCCGCAGCCGCCGCUGCGUGCGGGCGAUGGAGCACCGCAUCGUGGGGCCCGGGCCAUACCGGGCCACCAGGCUGUGGAAUGAAACAGUUGAGCUUUUUCGCACUAGGAUGCCAUUACGGAAACAUCGCUGUCGUUUCAAAAGUUACGAACAUUGCUUCACAGCGGCCGAAGCUGUGGACUGGCUGCACGAGCUGCUGAGGUGCAGCCAAAACUUUGGCCCCGAAGUGACCCGCAAACAAACAGUCCAGCUGCUAAAAAAAUUCCUGAAGAAUCACGUUAUCGAAGACAUCAAGGGAAAAUGGGGCCAGGAAGACUUUGAAGACAACCGUCACCUGUACCGAUUUCCUCCUUCCUCACCCCUGAAACCAUAUCCAAAGAGGCCCCCAUAUCAAAAGGAGGCUAUUAAAUUUCCAGAAUGGAAUGACCCCCCACCAGGCACUUCACAAGAGAACAUCCCGGUGAGGCCGGUUGUGAUGAAUUCUGAGUUGUGGUUCAAGCGUCACAGUAUUGCCAUUGGAGAGGUACCGGCUUGCCGCCUUAUCCACCGUAGGCAGCUGACAGAGGCCAACGUGGAAGAGAUAUGGAAGUCUGCGACUUUAUCCUAUUUACAGAAAAUUCUUGGCCUGGAUUCCUUAGAAGAAGUGUUAGAUGUUAAACUUGUCAACUCCAAGUUCAUCAUCCAUAACGUGUACAGUGUGAGCAAGCAGGGAGUUGUUAUCCUUGAUGACAAGUCAAAAGAACUUCCUCAUUGGGUACUGUCAGCUAUGAAGUGUUUGGCAAAUUGGCCUAAUUGUUCAGAUUUGAGGCAGCCUAUGUACUUAGGAUUUGAAAAAGAUGUCUUUAAAACAAUAGCAGAUUACUACGGUCACUUGAAAGAGCCUCUGCUUACGUUUCACCUUUUCGAUGCCUUUGUCAGUGUAUUAGGUUUGUUACAGAAAGAGAACAUGGCCAUUGAAGCAUUUCAGAUUUGCUGCCUCCUCCUGCCCCCUGAAAAUAGGAGAAAGUUACAGUUGUUGAUGAGGAUGAUGGCAAGGAUCUGCUUAAAUAAGGAGAUGCCACCACUCUGUGAUGGCGUUGGCACCCGAACACUGAUGGUUCAGACAUUUUCCCGUUGCAUCUUGUGUUCCAAGGGUGAGGUGGACUUGGAUGAUUUAUUAGCUGCUAGGCUGGUGACAUUUCUGAUGGACAAUUUCGAGGAGAUUCUGAAAGUCCCUUUGGCCUUGCAGACCUCCAUAGAGGAGCGUGUAGCCCAUCUACGAAGAGUCCAGAUAAAAUACCCGGGAGCUGACAUGGAUAUCACUCCGUCUGCUCCAUCAUUUUGCCGUCAAAUUAGCCCAGAGGAAUUUGAAUACCAGAGAGCCUACGGCUCUCAGGAACCUCUAGCAGCCUUGUUGGAGGAAGUCGUAACAGAUGCCAAACUCUCCAGCAAAGAAAAGAAGAAAAAAUUGAAGCAGUUUCAAAAAUCCUAUCCUGAAGUCUACCAAGAACGAUUUCCUACACCAGAGAGUGAAGCGCUUCUGUUUCCUGAAAAACCUAAACCGAAACCACAGCUGCUAAUGUGGGCACUAAAAAACCCCUUUCAGCCAUUUCAAAGAACUAGAAGUUUCCGGAUGUAAUACUUCCGUGGCUGUUAGAGACCUUGGUCAUUCCUGUUGUUGUGAGUAAACAGUGAUGAGAGGACUAUGGUUGUGGAAGAAAGUGGAGCAUAAAAUACAGACUACCGAAUUACAGAGAUUACCUGACAUCAAAAAAUAUCGAGCCAUUAUAAAUAUUUUCAUAAUACUCAGUGCUACUUUUAAAGGGUGCAAAUCAAUUAAAAAUAAUGAGACAGAUAUACAGUGGUGAUGUUAACAUGUUUAUAAUUAUUACAGAAUUUAAGGGUAUUUCCAUUUUUUUAUUUGUUGUUUCUCAUGCUGUUUAUAAAAUAUUUGUGUGUGUGCAUUCUAGUUACUGAUGUCUUUGCAAUUACCGAGACUUAAAAAUAGUGUAUAUACUUGAGUAAGAAAGACACUAGGUACUGUUAUUGUGAUGUUAUUGGCUUAAUAGCCCAUUGUGAUUUCUCCUUUGUAAAUCACUUUUCAUCACUGCACAGAUUCUUAAUGUUAUAUAUUACCAUGGCUAUUUCUUUUAUUGUGGAUUUGUUGGAUGCUGUGACCGAUUUUACUAAAGCUGGUUCUUUUAUGACAUAUAUGUUGUUAGUUGGUGCUUACUUAUAAGUGAACUUGAUUUUCACCUGCCUGUGGUAUAAUUUCAGUCUUGGCUAAAGAUGGAAAAUUGAACUAGAUAAAUUCUUUUGGUACCUUUAGCCCUGUGAUUCUAAGUCAAAUCUUUUGUUGUUUCAUGAAAAACACAAAUGGGUUAAGGGAGAGUGCUUCCUUUAUAAAUAUAUUUUCCCCAGCUUCCUCACUCUUUUGAAAGUAAAUGGAAUGUAAAUAAAUACCAUUUUUUAAGACUGUA